AUGCUGGUCGAUGUGACUUUUAGAGAAAAGCGGAGAAGCUCAUGUGUCUUGUGGACAGAACCAUGCACACAGACCGGCAUGCAGCCUCCUGAACAACAAGAACAGAUCAACGCCUUAAGUUUAUUUUUGAACUGGAAGACUAUUUACGGGACUUUGGCUGCGGAUCAGUGUGGCACCAACAUCAUGGGGCUUGUGUUUUGGAUGUGCUUGCUGCUGGCUCUCCCACUGCUCCAGUCUGCCAAGAUCCUGACUGUCUGCCUAAUUGGAGGAAGCCACUACUUGCUUUUUGACGAGAUAUCUCACAACUUCCAUCUACACGGCCACGAGGUUCGCAUGCUCUUGCAACUGGGCAACCCUGUGAUCACAGGUUUGUCCUAUGCUGGUCGGAAUGACAGCUACCAGACCAGCACUUGGUCCUUAGGAGAAGAAUACAUUAAACAAUUAUACGGCUGGUUCUUGGAGCAACAAGCACAGUUUUUACUGGGACGGGAUAACUUGAGUGGCUUUUUGAACUUCAUGGGGCACCUUUCCUAUCAAUGUGACCAUCUCUUGGGAGACCACAAGCUACUAAGGUUCCUCCAGAGGGAGCAAUAUAACAUGGCUAUCCUGGAUGCCUUUAACCCCUGCUCCUUCAUCAUAGCACACAAACUUGGUCUUCCCUUCAUUGCUUUCUAUCCCGGCACUCUAAACGGUCCUCUGUCCAUCACAAUUCCCUCAUCUUUGUCCUCAGUGCCAGUUUGUAGUUCCCAGCUGUCUGACCACAUGGGCCUGUGGGGUCGUGCAAAGAAUGUGUUCUACUCACUUGUAGGUGUAAUAGGCCGGCGAAUUGUUUGGUCCAUGUUUAAGGAUGUAGCUGACCGCCACCUCGAUUCAGGCUCUCCACCUGGUGGUCUGGACGAGUUCCACCACAAAGCUGAGCUGUGGGCUUUCAACACCGACUUCUCCUUGGAGUUCCCCCAGCCUCUUCUACCUUACACCGUGCUGGUGGGGGGUCUCCUCAACAAGGUGGCCAAGCCUCUGGAUCAGGAGCUUGACUUGUGGGUCUCCAGCUUCGGAGAGGCAGGGUUCAUUGUUGUGACUCUGGGCUCCAUGGUCUCUUCUGUCUCUGUGGACCGACUUCUGGUGGAGCUGGUCGAUGGCUUCUCUAUGAUCCCUCAGGGGGUCAUCUGGAGGUAUGAUUGUGAGCUUUGGCCACCUCACCUAAGCAAACCUUCCAAUGUCCGCCUUGUGGACUGGCUUCCUCUCAAUGACUUACUAGGACAUAAAAAUAUGCGUCUCUUCAUCACCCAUGGAGGUCAGAACAGUCUUCUCCAGGCAGUGUACCACGCUGUUCCUGUGCUGGGCAUCCCCCUGUUUGGAGAUCAGUUUGACAACAUGGUGCGAGCUGAAGCAAAGGGUUUAGGACUCACCAUCAGCUCCACGCAAAUCACCAGCAGGCUGCUUAGCUCAACCAUUCAAACAAUCAUCAAGGAUGCCAGCUUCAAGUCCGCAGCUUUGUCCCUCAGCAGCAUCCACAGAUCCCAUCCUGUCUCCCCGGCACUCCGGCUGGUGCAGUGGGUGGAACACAUUCUGCAAAGCGGAGGCGGAGCUCACCUGAGGCCGUCCUCGCUACAGCAGCCAUGGUACCAGAGAUAUCUGCUGGACCUGCUUCUUCUUCUCUUAAUCAGCCUGGCUGGGCCCGUCUUUCUCUGCUGGCUUCUCUGCAAGAGCAAGACAAGCAAAGGUGACAGAAAGAAAAUACAAUAAAUGUGCUCUUAUGUUAAUAACUGAGUUAUUUGCCUAACUGUGAAGUCAGUGAUUAAUAAAUGUAUAAGACACUG